AUGGGGUGCAGCAUGAGCCGUCUCGCCAAGGCCACCAUCUCGCUCGUCAUCCUGGCUCUGCUCUUCAUGCCCGGCGCCAUGGCGGCCGCCGGGGCCAGCUUCGACGCCUUCCGCAGCCAGCACUUACCGCUUCCUCGUGGAUAUCUGCGCGGUCCGGAGAGCGUCGCGUUCGACAGUGCGUGCCAUGGCCCCUAUAGCGGCGUCUCCGAUGGCAGAGUCCUGAAGUGGAACGACGACAAGAUUGGCUGGACCACCUACGCUCACGGCCCUGACUACAGCAGCGAGGCGUGCACCGCGUCCAAGCUCCGCCCGGAGACCAUCACCGAGAGCCAUUGCAGCCGCCCGCUCGGCCUGCAGUUUCAUCACAAGUCUGGAAAUCUAUACAUUGCUGACGCUUACAAGGGGCUAAUGUGGGUUGGGCCUGCCGGUGGGGAGGCGACGGUGUUGGUCAACCAAGUGGAUGGCGCACCUCUCCGCUUCACCAACGGAGUUGACGUCGACCAGAUCACGGGCCAAGUGUAUUUCACGGAUAGUUCCAUGAACUACCAGAGGUCUCAGCAUGAGAUGGUUACCAGGACAGGGGACUCAACGGGCCGUCUCAUGAGGUAUGACCCAAAGACGAAUGACGUUACCACUCUGCAGCCAGGCAUCACGUACCCCAACGGUGUCUCAAUCUCUCAUGAUCUCACACACCUGGUGGUUGCUUCUACCAGCCCCUGCAAGCUACUAAGGUACUGGAUCAAAGGACCCGACGCUAGCAAGACCGAGCCAUUUGCCGACCUCCCAGGUUACCCCGACAACGUGAGGCAAGACAGGAGGGGUGGUUACUGGGUGGCCUUGCACCGUGAGAAGAAUGAGCUUCUGUUUGAAUUCGGUAGCCAUCUCCUCGCCGUCAGGGUCGGACCCAAUGGAAAGGUACUCGAAGAGAUGAGAGGACCUAAAAGCGUGAGGCCGAUGGAGACAAACGAGAGGAGCAACGGCAAAUACUACAUGGGCUCCGUCAAGUUGCUGUAUGUCGGCGUAGUUACACAUAAAUAG